CAAGAUUGGUUGUGUGGGUGAGGAUCGGGUGUGGGGGAAGUUUGAGGGGGUUUGACGUGGUGUGGUUUACUGAGACUGGCGUGGGAGAUGAGAAUGAAGGGAUGGGAGUGUCAGGAUGAAGGGCCAGGAUGCUACGUCACACGGGAGACGCUGGGAGGAGAACGAGGGAGAAGGGUGUAACUGGAGUGAGUUGGUGAUCCGAAGCCGUGACUGCAGCGAUCCCGUGCGGCCUGCACCAUCAGGGAAGGACUCUCUCUGGCUUCGCACUGCGCCUACAUUGACCGUUGCCGCCGCUGCUACCGCUACUCGGAGGGGCACUGCCUCGCAUUGGGCCUUCACUGCCGUCCCGCUAAUACACGUGUCGCCGUCGCCACUACUGGCACUGAGGGACUUCGCCUCGCAGCGGCCUGGCAAACACCUGCUACACCACCACCACCACCACCACCACCACCGCAGUCCAGAGAUUCAGCUUCGCAUAGCAGACAUCCUCCUAUUCAACGCUUGCUGCCACUACCACCUCAUUAUGGUGGUGUCACUGUACUUGGAUCUGUUGUCACUACUGAAUAAUAAUGUGUAAAGAAAUCUU